AACAAGAAGCAUAUUUUUCCACAAAACAAAUGUUUUUAUUUUUCUCAAGAAAAUAAAAGAUGUUCGUGAAUUUGUGGUGAGCUUCUUCUUCACACAUAAACACAAUCUCUCUUUCUUCUCUCUCUCUAUCUCUCUCUCUCUCAUCACGCCACGCUUCAUUCCUUGCAGAACCGACAAGCAUCAGAAACAAACAGAAGCACAAUUCAUUUUCAUUCCAUCCAAAUUCCGCGUCGCAUUGGAACAUACUAUUGCCUACUUCACAAAUUUUGAUUCGUUCCCUCUUCAGUACGCUCACAAAGGGUUGAUCUCAUCUCAGGCACCAGUUACUUGAAUCUCCUACGUGGUUUUCAUCACUGAAAGCUGUGUUUUAUAAUUGACAUUUAGAUGAUUUCUAUGUUAUUUGAAAGCUUUGAUGGUUCAGUGUUGAAUGUAGAGGUUAAUUGAAUGACAUGACUUGGGGUACACCAAAAGGUUCUCCCAAAAUGUCUUACCAUCCAAGGUCUCUUUCUUGGAUUGUUGUUUUACUAGGAGCACUUGCAAUUUUCUUAAUUUAUGCUUCUUGUGUUCUUGUGUCAUCCCCAGUUGGUUCCACAGUUCAUGGAUAUUUUUAUGGUAUAGAUAGUUCAGAGAAGUUAGAUAUGUCUGAUGCUUCUAUUGAUCCUCACUUGAGUAAAACUUUAGAUCUUGCUGAUGAUAAAUCUUCUUUUGAUUCACAAUCUUCCACUGGGAUUAGUGAUAGCACGGCAGAACAAACUGACACUAGUUCAACCCCACAAAUAGACACCAGUAAGCCUUCUUCUGCGAAAUUGCCAAUGAGUGAUGGUGUGAGUGAAGCUUCUGAUGCAGAAGUUUCUAGGUCGCCUGAACUCGUGACUUCGUUUGGAAAUAGCGUAGGUGCGGCCAAUACUAGCUUGCCUGAUCAAACAAUUUCACAAGUUGAUUCAACUUCAAGUGCAACUAAUCCUGUAGAGUUAGGUGCCGAUUCUUCCAAUUUGACAGGUAGUGUUAGAACCGAACCCUCUUUUGCGGUUUCGAUCGAUCAGUCCAGUGCUGUAAUUACAACAUCGAAUGAAAAGUCCAUGAUUUCUGAUAAUUCCGCAUCAACAGUUGUUCCAGCAUCAGUAGAGAAGCCAGACAACGCAUCCUUUGCCGAUUCGGUUAAUUCAGGCUGUGAUCUGUACCAUGGGAAUUGGGUGCAUGAUCCAUUGGGACCACUAUACACAAACAAUUCAUGUCCUGUAUUGACACAGAUGCAGAAUUGCCAGGGUAAUGGAAGGCCUGACAAGGAUUAUGAGAAUUGGCGAUGGAAGCCAUUUCAGUGUGACAUCCCACGGUUUGAUCCAAAGAAAUUUUUGGAGCUGAUGAGAGGGAAGACCUUGGCUUUCAUUGGAGAUUCAGUAGCUCGAAACCAGAUGGAAUCAAUGCUGUGUAUUCUGUGGCAGGUAGAGGUACCGAAGAAUCGUGGAAAUCGUAAUAUGCAACGAUAUUAUUUUAGGUCCACAUCUGUAAUGAUAGUCCGGAUAUGGUCCUCAUGGCUUGUCAAAGUAACAUCCGAGCCAUUUGAUUAUGCUCCCACGGGCGUGGAUAAGCUCCAUCUUGAUGCCCCUGAUGAGAAGUUAAUGGAACACAUCCCAAAUUUCGACGUGGUUGUCCUUUCUUCCGGUCAUUGGUUCGCUAAGCAGUCUGUGUAUAUCAUGAACAAUGAGAUAGUGGGAGGACAGUUAUGGUGGCCAGACAAGUCUAAGCAUAUGAAGGUCAACAAUAUUCAAGCAUAUGGAAUAUCGGUUGAAACAAUUCUUACUGCACUUGCUACACAUCCAACUUACAAAGGUCUUACAAUUGUGAGAUCCUAUUCACCUGAUCAUUAUGAGGGCGGAGCCUGGAACACUGGUGGGUCAUGCACGGGGAAGGUUAAGCCUGUUGCACUUGGCAAACUCGUAGAAAACGGGCACACAAACACAAUGCACGGGCAACAGGUUACAGGUUUUAACCGUGCUGUGGAAAGGGCUACGAAUAAAUCAAAGUUGAAGUUAAUGGACAUUACUGAAGCCUUUCAAUACCGUCACGAUGGUCAUCCUGGGCCUUACAGGAGUCCUGACCCAAAUAAGAUUACGAAACGUGGCCCAGAUGGAAGGCCGCCACCACAGGAUUGCUUGCACUGGUGCAUGCCGGGUCCUGUUGAUACCUGGAAUGAACUUGUGUUGGAAAUCAUCAAGAGUGAAUAUGAAGGUGGAAAUGCAUCAUGAGAUUGUUCAUUUCAGGAGAAAUUACACCCACCUCAGAUAUGCUUGAAUAGCACAAACAUCUUUUCAAUGACACACCAUUUAUUUUAUUUUACAUAUUAGAUAGAAGGUGUGCGUAAUUAAGGGAAGUUGAAUGUCUUUCUACAAUAUAGAGGUGAUGAAUAUGUCAUUUAAGCAAAGCAUACUUUAGAGGAGGUGGGGGGUGUAAUAGUAAUAUCCUCUUUAUUUAAUUUGUUUAUUUGACAAUUAAGCUGCAUGUUGUGCUUUGGCCCUCGUGACUCGUGAGGUUGACUUUUGUAGAAAUUUGACUUUAUAUAGAGAGAGAUAAAAAAAAUAGGGCCCGGUUGUAUCUUUUUUUCACAGAAUAAUAAUAUAUUAUAGAGAAAUUGAUUAA